AUGGAUUUUAAAAUUAUUGAAAGUAACAAAGGGGGCAAGUGCUUAUUACUUGACGAUUUCAAAUACCGAAAAUUUAGAGUCAGUAUUAGUGGAAAUGUGGUUUGGCGGUGUUAUAUUAAAAAUUGUACAUCUACGGUUACAACAUGCAGUCAAUUGAAGAAUAUACUAAAAAUAAAUAACACACACAAACAUAAACAGGUGGAAACUGUGAAAAUUCAAAUUCAAGAGGUACGUAAUGUAUGUAAACGCAAGGCUUGUAAUGACAUUCAUGAAAGACCGCGAAAAAAAAUACGGAAAGAGGUAUCAUCCAUAGAGAAUAGUGAAGUAAUAGGAAGCAAUGACGUAAACUUAAUAAGGAAGUCGAUAUAUAAUGAACGUAGGAAACUUUUACCAACUUUACCGAAAAGUUUGGAGGGCGCUCUAAACUUUGUUUCAAAUAGCGAUAUUUUAACCUGGCAAAAUGAAAAAAGGUGGGCAAGUGGGUGUCGCUCUGCUGUACAGUAG